AACCAGGCAGGCAGACAGGUCCUGGGGCUGAAUGAAGGGACAGUGGGCAGUGGGAGCCUAGAGGGGUGGGUGACACCUUGACUAGACCAGCGCCUGGUGCAGAGGAGGACAGAGCCUCCGAGAAACAGAGGCGGGGCCCUGCAGGGUCCCUUGGGGAACAGGCAGGCUCAGGAGCAGAGCAGAGGGGAGCCCUGGAGGAGAGGAAGGAGCUGGCAAGAUGAUACAGGGACAACCUGGAGCCAGGGGUGCUGCAUGAGGGGCCGCAGGGGCGACCGCAUGACCAUCAACAUCCAGGAGCACAUGGCCAUCAACGUGUGCCCCGGGCCCAUCCGGCCCAUCCGCCAGAUCUCUGACUACUUCCCCCGCCGAGGACCCGGACCUGAAGGGGGCGGCGGCGGGGGCGAGGCCCCCACCCAUCUGGCCCCCCUGGCUCUGGCCCCCCCUGCAGCCCUCCUUGGGGCCACCACGCCUGAGGAUGGUGCGGAAGUGGACAGCUAUGACUCGGAUGAUGCCACCGCCCUGGGCAUGCUGGAGUUUGACCUUCUCUAUGACCGGGCCUCCUGCACUCUGCAUUGUAGCAUCCUCAGGGCCAAGGGCCUCAAGCCCAUGGAUUUCAAUGGCCUCGCCGACCCCUACGUCAAGCUGCACCUGCUGCCUGGAGCCUGUAAGGCUAAUAAGCUAAAAACGAAGACUCAGAGGAACACACUGAAUCCCGUGUGGAAUGAGGACCUGACGUACAGUGGGAUCACGGAUGAUGACAUCACGCACAAGGUGCUCAGGAUUGCCGUCUGUGAUGAGGACAAGCUGAGUCACAAUGAGUUUAUUGGGGAGAUCCGCGUGCCCCUCCGCCGCCUGAAGCCUUCGCAGAAGAAACAUUUUAACAUCUGCCUCGAGCGCCAGGUCCCGCUGGCAUCCCCCUCUUCCAUGUCGGCGGCGCUGAGGGGCAUCUCCUGUUACCUGAAGGAGUUGGAGCAGGCGGAGCAGGGCCCGGGGCUGCUGGAGGAGCGCGGCCGCAUCCUGCUGAGUCUCAGCUACAGCUCGCGGCGCCGGGGACUGCUGGUAGGCAUCUUGCGCUGCGCCCAUCUGGCUGCCAUGGACGUCAACGGUUACUCGGACCCCUACGUCAAGACGUACCUGAGGCCUGAUGUGGACAAGAAAUCCAAGCAUAAGACAUGCGUGAAGAAGAAGACUCUCAACCCAGAAUUUAACGAGGAGUUUUUCUACGAGAUAGAGCUCUCCACUCUGGCCACCAAGACCCUGGAAGUCACCGUCUGGGACUAUGACAUUGGCAAAUCAAAUGACUUCAUCGGUGGCGUGUCCCUGGGGUCAGGUGCCCGAGGCGAGGCUCGGAAGCACUGGAGUGACUGCCUGCAGCAGCCGGACGCAGCCCUGGAGCGCUGGCACGCCCUGACCAGCGAGCUGCCCCCCGCGGCUGGGGCUCUGUCCUCAGCCUGAGUGGACAGCAGUGUCCUGGUACAGGCCUAUCGGGCCGGGUGCAGUACCCAACCUUCGCACGAGUGUGUUGCACGUUUACACGGGGUGGGCUGCCCCCACCCUGCACUACCUGUCUUAUUUUUGUGAAUCUCUGUGACCUGGGUCUGUCUGCUCGUGAGGGGCUGUGGAGUUCUAUAUUCAUAUAUGCAAACCUCCUGCCUGACUCGCUAGUCCCUGCAAAUAUGCAAAGCCCCCCUCCUCUGCACACCCGGGCAGUGCUCAGAGCCCGGCCCCAGGCCCCCACGCUCCUCGCUCCUACCUCUCCACGCUGCCCCGUCCCUCUCCCCCCACAGGGAGGAGGUCGGAUUAGGGGAGGUUCAGAGGAGGAGAAUGCCUCAGAAAAAGAGAAAAGGACAAAAAACACACCCAGAGCCACUCCUUUAAUACAGAAACUUCAUUGCAAAAACCUAGCCCUGUACAGCUGCCCUUUUAAAGGGGUGGCCAUCGCAGGGUCUCUGCCUCCCCAGAAGGGGGCAGAUGCUCCUGGCCACUCGUUUAAAUAACUGUCCCCUGGAGGGGGCCAGAGUUUGAAGGCAGGGCCCUUGCCACCCUCCUGGGGGACACCCGUGCAUGUUUACGCCUUUUCUGGUUGUGUCAGUGGCCGGAGCAUGGCAGCUGGGCGUCAAUAAACACCUCCGAGGAA